AUGCCGCAGGGCGCGCGGGGCCAGCCGUCGGAUCAGCCGUGGCGGCGGCCGCGGGCCUCGCCCGCGCUCCAGCCACGCCACCGCAGCCUGGAGGAGUUCCUCGAGCGAGACGGGCAUGGCUACAACCCUGAAUCGGUUGCGGCAGCGGUGCGGCAGGCCAACGCGGAUUUCGAGGCCCGCCAGAUCGAGCGGGCGGAGGAGGCCUACGGUGUGGCUUACGAGGUUGCGCGGCUGACCUUCGACUAUCGGCCACUGCUCUUUGACGUGGCCGUCCGGAGGGCAUUGUGCCACAUCAUGGGCACCGACCCCGCGCUGGCGGCCGCGGACCCCGUGCGCUCGCGCAGCUGGGAGAUCCUCGAGGUGGCUGAGCAGAUAAUACCAAACACCAGCGUGGUGAAGGUCCUGAAGGGUCUCCUUUACUUGAAGGGGAGCUUGUCGCCGCAGGACCAGAGGGACAAGCACCUCACCACAGCGAUGGAGUGGCUGCAGUCUGCGGCAUCCCAGCAUAAGGCGCCUUUGAGGGAACCGCUGCAGGAUCUCGUGGAGUGCCUGCAGGCGCACGCUGCGCUGUCCAGGGGCGACUGCGACAGCGCCAUAGAGAUCUGCUCGAAGGUUCUCAGUCGCUCAGGUGUCCACGCGUUCGCGCUGCUGGUACGGGGAGACGCCUGCAAGUUCCACGUCUCCGGGCAUUUCGAGCGGGAGGCUGCCGAGGACUACGCGGCUGUGCUGCGGCUGGACGCAAAUUUGCAGCCGUUGCUUGGAAUUCACUUCAAGCUGGCACCGCCCACGCGCUUGGAGGAGCUGGCUCUCCGCUUCCACCCCUUCCUCGACAAGCAGGGGCCGCGGCCGUACGAGGAGUACCCCAUGUAUGCGGCGUAUUCCAGACGGCAGAAUUUCUUUGCUGCUGCUUGGGUGAUCCACUUCGUUGCAUCUCUCAAGGUUCGUGUGAAGUCAUCCCGGCUGCGGCGCAGCGUCCAGGCUCACUCCCGUGGCUUGUGGCGGCUCAUGGAGGAGCGCACCGCCGCCCUUGCAGAUCACGAGUCAACCACUGGCGAGGUGUGGGGACCCUACGACCCCGACAGCAAGUGCAAGAGAUACCGGCGAUAUUGGAUGGAGAGGCCUCGUCCCGCUCGCUCGCCCCGGCGAGAGCAGCAGGAGGGCGGCGCGGAGCUCGGCUGCGCCGGCGCCCGCAGCGCCCCGACAGACGACAGCGCGCAUGCGCCGCAGGCCGCCGGUGCCAAGCGGCCCGCACCCCCGGCGCCCGCGCCACCAGCGUGUCCAGAGGCGCACGCCCUGCCGGCCGGCUCUGGUGUCCCCGUCGAGGGCCGCACGUCCUCCAGGCCCGCGGUGGCCUGCGCCCCAGAGCUGCCCGACAUGGUCGCAGUGUACUUGUCCAAGACGAGCAAGUAUCUGGACGAGCCUUUUGUCCGGACGGGCGACGGGUUGAGCGACGACGAGUGGACCACCAGGGCGUUGCGGCUCGCGGGCGCCCUCGACGAUGCCAGCGGCGCGCUGGACGACGAGUUGAAGCCCAGGGAUCCUCCAGAAGUGGCGAUCGAUCCGCCCCUGGCCCCGCUGGAAGAGCUGCGUCGAAGACUGCAAGCACCAGCGGGGUGGCUGCGGGAGCUUGACAGGAUCACGGAGUUUGCCGAUCCCGUGCCUUUCGCCGUUCGAGCAGAGCCAGCCGCAGCGCUGGGGGGCUCGUGGUCCGCAUCCUGCGGCAAGGCCACGCUGUCCUCGCGGCUGCCCAGGCAUUCCGUGGGCGAGAAGUUCUGGGAGUCUACGGUGGGCCGCUGCGGCGACUGGCAAGCGAACCUCAGGACCUGA